AUGGCCCGCCAUGGUAAAUCAAAGGCCCGUAUGAAACGGGCUCCUGCAAUGGCCAAACCAUCGCCACCUCAAUUUACCAUGCAACAAGAGGCCCGAAAUACUGAGACGCACACUCGCAGCUGGUCACAUAGCAAUCUUCGACAUAAAGCUGUCCAAUUUGUGAGUGCAGGACAGCUGCAGCGAACCGAAUCGAACAUAGAGGAAGAAGAAGGGAGCCAGAUAGAAGAAACCCCAUCGGAGGUGGCAGAACCGGAAUAUCAAGCGCCGCCAGAUGCAAAAGAGGAUGCCAGUGACGAAUUAUUCAUUCUUGAUACCGCAGGGGAGGAAGUUGUGCAUACGGGCCUUCCAGACCCAACGCUGAAAAUUGAUUCAUCCGACACCGAAGGCAGCGAAGAUGAGGUUGUGUUUAUGGGACGUCGAAGGCCGAUCAUGAUCGAAACAGAUGAGAAGGAGCUUCGAGAAUACUUCCAAAUGACCCGGAGCGCGGCUAGCCCAGAGGGCGUGCAGCACACCGACAACCCAACUGUCGCUAAAACCCAGACCAUACAACCGACACGACAGAGACACAACCAGUUACCAGAGGGGAAAACCCACACACUUGAAGAUGCUAUUUUCAAUACAGAGCACGACCAGGACCAGCAAGAUGCCCAAAUACAUGCCGAAGCUGAAGGCGGUAUUGAGGUUGGCAACCCGCUUUUAGGAUCGGAAUUGGCCACCGAGGGCUCUCAAAGCAUUCACACUCAAAUAUCGGAUUCCCACCUGGAACAGAAUAGCCCCAACUCUCAGCCAAUUGAAGAUGCUGAGGUGCUAGGGUCGAUUGAUGUGCUAUCAAAAAUGUACCUGGACACUGAACCGGACUCGUCAUGCACAUCAGAAGACGAUGACGCCGAGCUAGAUUCACUUGAUGAAUCCGACGAAGAUCUGGACGACAUGGACGACGACAUGGACGACGAGGGGCUACUUGAAGAACUGGCCAUCUCUUACUCCGCCGGGAAGAAGGGUGGCCGUGGGCAACAUGCUUUCCUAUCAGCCACAGCGUUUGCGGAUGCCCUUGAUGCCGACCCCUACUAUGGUCUCGACAUCAUGGACUUUGACCGGCCCAGCCUACAGAAAAGACCAAAAGGCAAAAAAACACGUCUGCCCGAGGAUCUCCUGUUACCCGACAGUGAUUUAGAUAGCAUUGAUUUGGAAAUCCUACGAGAAGAGACAUGGGAAGCGGACCGCAAAAAGAAGAAGGCCAAGAAGCAGGAGCGAGAGGAGCUCCGUUCACAAGGCUUGUUAGGCAGGAAGUUCGCAGAUCCUGACUUAAAGGUCAAGUACGCCAAAGGAAUGGACCUAGAGGACUUGAUCUCUGAGAUUCGGACGUUUCUCCUGUCCUCGAAAACCAGUUUGGCACUACCACCCAUGACUAAACACCGACGAAAGACCAUUCAUGAGUUGGCAAACAAAGUCAAUUUGAAGUCGCAGUCCCGGGGAAAUGGAUUGACUCGCUUCCCCGUUCUUCUCAAAACAUCCCGCACACCGAAGUAUACCCGCAAGACCAUUCCUCAGUUUGACAAUCUUUUGUCUGGAAGGAAGUUGAAUCGUCGGCUGUACCAAUCAUGGGGUCCGGAUGCUUCCAGGCCAGCCAAAGCCAAGCGCAGUGGCGCUGGCGCUGGCGGUGCGGUUUCUUACAUGGAUGGCGAUGUAGUUGGGGCAUCCGCGCCAGAGAUCGGCGUGGGUAACCGAGGACGGGCUAUGCUGGAGAAGAUGGGAUGGAGUAGUGGCACGGCUCUUGGAGCCUCUAAUAACAAAGGAAUCCUAUUGCCUGUUGCUCAAGUGGUCAAGAACUCACGAGCAGGGCUAGGCUAG